CCGCUGGGCUGAGGCAGAGGGAGGCCGCGUCGUGGUGGUGGUGGCGGCGGCGGCGGCGCUGGUGUUGGUGAUGUAGUGACGCGUUUCCCUGGAGACGGCGAUGUUCUUCUCCUCCUCCUCCUCCUCCUCCUGGUCCUGCAGCUGCUGCUCCUCCUCGUCCUUGUGGCGCUUGUGGCGCGAGGCCUGUUCGAGGCGGGGGCCUGGCGGGCCGGCCGGGGGAGGCCCCUCUGCGGGGCAUGGGGGCUGAGCAGCGGCGGAGGGAGGAGCAGCAGGAGGAGGAGGAGGAGCCGGGAGGCGCGGAGGGAGAGCAGGACCAAGGAGAAGAGGAAGAGGAUGGAGGAGAGGCUGGGGGCCAGAGCAGAGGAGGCCCUGCCGCAGGGGGAGGCGGUGGGAGCCUCCCUGGAGAGCCCCCCUCAGCCUCCCCUCCGAGGGGCCACCCGCCUUCCCCUUCUCCUCUGCACUUCGGCCUGGUCCCCUGGGAGCUCCACGCGCGGCUCCUUGACCAGCAGGACUACCGCGGCCGCGUGGGGGCCAUGGAGCAGCUGAAGCGGGUGCUGGCAGAAGCCCCCGGACCGGCCCUGGCCUCCCUCCCGGUCCCCAGCCUCCUGGGCCUCCUGGCCCUCCUCCGCGCCCUCCUGGACGACUCCAACUUCAAGGUGGCUCUGGGGGCCCUCGAGGGGCUGAGGAUCCUGGCCGCGCAGCUGGGGAGACACGCCUGCGCCACCCCGCCGCCUUGGCUGGAGCCCCUGGUGUCCGCCGCGGCCAAGGUCCUGGGGGACGCCAAGCUGGCCAUCCGCCAGGAGUACCACCAGCUCUUCCUGGGGCUCAUGCGAGCGGCCGGGCCCCGUCCAGUUCUCAACCUCCUCCUGCGCUCGGAGCACCUGCGCCACAGAAACUCACGCGUCCGAGAGGUCGUCGUCGCCAUUGCUGUCGCCGCCCUCCUCACCUUCCCCAGCGAGGACUUCGACCUGCCUGGCAUGGUGGACACUUUGGCUCCGGCCCUGGCUGACCCCAAGCGGCGCGUCCGUCAUGCCGCCCUUGAGGCCUUUGCCGUCCUAGCCUACGCACUUGGGCCUGGGCGCACCAGCAUCAUCUUCCAGGCUGUAGACGCCGUGGAGCUGCAGGACGACGGGGAGGGGGUGAUGGCCGCCGUCCAGGCCCGCUUAGCCCGCAAGACCCUCCCCAGGCUGACCGAGCAGUGGUUCGUGGAGUACGCCGUGCCCCUGCCACCCUCCUCCUCCUCUUCGUCUUCCUCGGCAGGAGCUGCUCACGGGAGAGGCUUCCACUUGCCCCAUGGGGCCGACACGGACUGGCUGCUGGAGGGCAACCGCAUCCAGAGUGCCCACAGCUGCUCCGGGGAGCCAUCCGCCUCCCUCGCCCCCUUCGGAGACCACCAAGCAGGAAUUGGCCCACGGCGGGUGCUGAGCGCCGGGAAGGGGAAGCUGCCCUGGGAGAGUGAGCCGCUUUCAACUUCAAACAAUUUUCUUCACUCUCCAAAAGUGAGGCCUUCUCAAGAAGGUGUGAUGUCUUCUCACCAGCACCAUAUUUCGGGAAAAUGUGGGCCCCUUGGCUUUGCUCACACUCGUGGAAAGAGCGGUAGCGUGGAUUCGGACUUACAGUUUGUAGGUUUGAGCAAUUCCUGGCAGGAUAAAGUGUGCACCAGCCUCAAUUUCACCAACAAGCCCCAGCGGAUCUUUUGCAGCCCGCCUGAGCACACGCCGCCUCCACCUCUCCUGGGCUCCCACACCAACCAAGGAGCCUUUAUUCUCCCCUCGUAUCCCUUUGCAUCGCCCAGGCACAGUCCAAAGCACACUUCCCCUCCUGCAGAUCCUCUCAGGAGCUCACAAGAUCACACUAUUAACUUCUCUAAUUCCUGGCCUCUGAAGAGCUUUGAAGGGCUUCCAAAACCGACCCAUCAGAAGAAAUUUUCCAGCUCGGUAGGAGGAGAAGUUGCCGAACUCAAGUUCCAGGGUACCCCUCCGAUUCAGCUGAAACCUGCCUUUGUGAGACCCCCGUCUUCACGGAGAGGCCUGAGCGGAACAAAACCAGUGCCUCCAAUCCCCAGGGGAGUGAGUCCCUUGCCUGAUAAAGAAAAAACCAGCAUCUUGGGACACAAGAAUGGGGAAGCUGAAGACCUCUGGUUGAACGAGAGGAACAAGAAACUGUCUCUGGAUCUUUCAGAGCUGAACGUCAGUGAAAAAGACCUGGAUGAGGAUGAGAUGCAGAGUUCCCUGCGAUCUCUUCGCAACAGCGCAGCUAAGAAGAGAGCAAAACUGAAUGGCAGCAUGUCUGACCUUGAAAGUCCAGACUCUGUGCUAAAGCUGGAUCUGACCUCGGACUCCCCUUCUUGCUUGUCUUCCCCGAGCACCAGCUCCUACAGCGAAAGUGGCAUCUACAGCCAGGAUUCCAUCACCUCCCCGCUCUCCUCCGGCCCUCAGGGGAUAAGAACCAUGUCUGACACCCUUCCUGUACUGGGAGGCAGUUCCCGUCCCAUGAAGCUCUCUCCAGCCCGGAGUCAAGGUCCUGUCAUACUGGAGCAGAGUCCCAGCACAGUGAUACUCUUUCACGAGAAAGCUGCCUCCGGUGUUAGCAUCAGUGGCCAGCGUCUGAACUUCGGAAAUGGAUCAGGAGACUAUGAAGAGGUCCGACAGAAGGCUGUCUCGCCUGUUGUUCUGAAGGGGCAGGGCAGAGAGCACCAGCGGCACAGUAAAUCCACAAAAGGAUUUGCUGGACCAACUCAGAGUUUACAGCAGCUGACUAGCCUAGACUUCAUUUCACCAAGUGCCUUGCCAGAAGACUCUGUUGUUGUUGUUGGAAAAGGGGUGUUUGGCAGUUCACCACCAGCUCCACUGACUUACAGCCAAUCCAUCAUGUUCUCCAUGGAGAAUGGAGAUGCCUCUUCCUUCAAGCCAAGUAUGGAGCCUCUUUCUGGGAUCUAUGGGAGAGCUGUCCAGCAACAGAGCUCUGCACUUUACCUGGAUGUAGAAAAUGAAAGAGACGUGAAAGUUGCCUUAUCGAAAUCUGCCCGGGAAAAGAUGAGACAGAAGAAGAGAGAAGAGAAAGAGCACCGGGAUGUUAGAGACUUGGAAAAGAAGGACCCAAACCCUUGGGAUCAUCUUAAACCCAGUGAACCAGAGAGGAUGGCCACAGAGAGCAGAAAUGCUGCUUUCAGUCCUAUGCUGAAAAGAACACCAAGUAUUAAAAGGACACAGCCAUCUGUUUUGCUCGACUCAGGGGAAAUAUCUCCGGGGCCACGAAUACAGGUCAAGGACCGGAUAUUGCCUGCCAUGCACAGUCCAGAGAUCAUGGAACCAUCAGAGCUGCGACCUUUCCCAAAGCCUGAGCUGGCUCUUUUGGAGGCACUGCGGCAUCUGUCUGAGGAGGACUGGGAGAGGAAAAUUGAAGGCCUGAACUCAAUCCGGUGCCUCUCCGCUUACCACCCUGACACAUUGACUGCAAAGCUGCAUGAGACCAGCCUAGCUGUGGUUCAAGAGUUGAAGAAUCCGCGAUCUGUGGUUUCUCGAGCUGCUGUGGUUUGUUUAGGGGACUUGUUCUACUACCUGAAAAAGAGGAUGGAUCAAGAACUAGAUAAUACUGUGAAAGCCCUGCUCCACAAAGCUGGGGAAUCAAACACCUUCAUUAGGGAGAAUGUGGACAAAGCCUUGAAAGCAAUGGUCAGUAACGUGACUCCGGCACGGGCUCUCUCUUCCCUCAUCAGUGGAGGCCAAAGCCACUUGAACACAACAGUGAGAAGAUGCACAGCCCAGCACCUAUCAGACAUUGUGGAACACAUGGGACCGGGACGCAUUUUGUCUGGUAUUAAGGAUGUGACAGACAAGAUUUUGUCUGCUGUGGCCAAGUUUGUCCAAGAUGGAUCACAAGAAACAAGGUACUACGGGAGGAAGAUGCUCUUCACUCUGAUGACACACGCUGACUUUGAUAAGAUGCUUGAAAAGAAUGUGCUGCCAAAGGACUUGCCUUAUGUUAAGGAGACAGUGAACAACCUCCGCCAGAAGGGCCUCGGUGAGAUGCCGAUAGUCACUCCUUCGGCCAAAGGAAGGCGUUCUCACAAUGGGAACAUGGACAGUUCGAGGUCAACCUCAGUGUCGCGAGAAGUGCUCCAUGCGGGUGACAGGGAGAUCAGAGAAGGACAUGAAAUUUCAAGGAAACCUGCUCCUCGUAAUGCCUUGGAAAGUGCAGAAUAUGUGAAGGUUUUAACAACUUUACUGAAUGCAAAAGACUUCCGGGAUCGAAUUAAUGGAAUUAAACAACUGUUGGCAGAUACAGAGAGUAACCAAGACCUUGUUGUUGCCAACAUUGUGAAGAUCUUCGACGCCUUCAAGUCUCGCUUGCAUGACUCAAACAGCAAAGUCAACCAGGUGGCCCUGGAGACCAUGCACCGGCUGGUUCCUCUGCUGAAAGAGAAGCUCUCCCCUGUCAUCAAUAUGCUGAUUCCUGCCCUGGUCGACAACAACCUGAACUCCAAGAACCCGGGGAUUUACGCAGCUGCCACCAGCGUUAUCCAAGCACUUUGCCAACACUUAGACAAUUACCUGCUUCUCCAGCCAUUCUGCACAAAGGCUCAGUUUCUGAAUGGAAAAGCCAAGCAAGAUAUCACUGAAAAACUUGCUGAGCUAGUGGUGGAGCUGUAUCCCCGGAAGCCUCACGCCGUGGAGCAGAAAGUCCUGGUUGUUCUGUGGCAUUUGUUGGGUAACUUGACCAAUGGCGGCUCUUUGCCUAGUGCUGGCGGAAAUAUCAGGACAGCCACCGCUAAGCUGUCCAAAGCGCUUUUUGCACAAAUGGGUCAGAACUUGCUGACCCAAGCUGCCUCCCAGCCUCCCUACAUCCGAAGAACGCUCGAGGAAUUCCUUGAGCAGCCUACCUGACACAGACACUGCAUACGGAGACCCCCAGGUGUGAUAUGGACGUUGCAUGGCUACUACGGUCACGUUACUGAACAACUGACAGCAAACUGGUUUUUUUCGUGAGGGUGCAGAGAUUAUUCCCAAGGUAUGUUUCUUGGCUGUGCCUGCGCUUUUUCUGCAGAAGCGAACUCGGAUUGUUUUUAAUGACUGACCAUCACAGACCUUGUCUCUCCGGUUAUGUCCAGAACUGGACAUGGAACCAAACCAGUAUAGCUCUUGCGAAAACUUCUCUGUCUUCUCCAGUGCUGUUCAGAGAUCCCGCAGAAUUGGGAUCGGUCGUCUGUGAAAACAAAGUCAACUCUGUUCAUUUGCACUCUCCUUUCAACUCGGCAACGGAGAUGAGAUUUUGAAAUAGGAGUAGUUUUAAUCAUGGAAUCAUGUUGUAUGACAUGUCUUCUCAUGUAGCCUUAAAAACGGGGCUGGGUGGGGAAAUAAUCUUCGAGAGACACAUAGAAGAACAAGGUUCUGUGUGGCAUUUGUGGAAAAAAAGUAUUUCAUUAUUGAAAUCAUUCCCACUCAUGACUGUACAGUGUUAGCUUGCUUUUGCUGCUGUUGGUGUUACUACUAUUGCUUGACAGUUGGGCAGAAUUUCUCUGCACACCGUUUUGUCAGACCUUUUAACAGGUUAAUGAAGCAUGUUGACCAAAGUUUAUAGAACGUGAAAAUAACUUUGAACAGAUUUUGAACAACACACAUCUUUUAAGAGAAAUGUCACGUGUUGGAUAUAAACUUCCAUAUUUUAGUGUGAAAAACAUAUUGCAGGAUUUUAUCUGUCCCAAGAUUUAUUAUAAAGGUGUUAUCUAUCCCUGCCCUGCUGUGCAGUCCUCAGCAAUAUAGUGCCAGUUCUUCUUCUGCUCUCAGAAUUUGACAUCUACAAGUACUGUAUUCAUUUGAAAGGAGAAACAAGUUAUAAAAUAAAUGGAUUUAUUUCUGUA